AUGUCCUUGAAUGAUUCAGUGCAUGUUGGUGUUAUUUCAUUAUUGGCAUCUCCGCUUCUCCGGCGCAUCGCGUGGACAUCUCUGUCGCCUCGAUUGGCCUUCCUGGCGGGAGAGAUUGCCUCCUCCACAUCUCGUCCCUCGCAGGAGGACAACAAGCCCGCUCGUUUCGACUCCUAUCCACGCCUGUCGACCUGCAGAUUUGCAUUGGCGGGCGCUGCUGUCGAUUACAGCUCUGGAGCGUGGAGCAGGAGCAGGAAGCGUCCAUCCUUAAUCCACUUCCGCUGGCUUUGUGGGAGAGAUAUGUUAAGUGAAUCAAUGGCCGAGAACAUGUCAUGGGACAGACGGAGAAAGGGGGAGAGUCCACUUCCUUUCCCCGGAUCUGAGCAGCGGAGGGCACGCCUCAACGCCUCGAAAACUAUAUGGACGGUGUCAGCACAGGUUUUUGGUAAUGGAGAUGAUCACCGCCUGGUGGAGGUGCGGAGAUUGAAAGGUGUCCAUCUAUUGCGUCUGUUGAUGUCUCUUUUGCCUUCCUGCUCAUCCUCCCACGGUUCCCUUCGAUCAUCGUCUGUCCCGUCCGUCUGGGUGAGAGAUACGUGUGUACGGAGUAUGUAUGUAUGUAUAUAUGUAUGUAUGUACAUAACUCCGCCGGUAGGUUCUGAUGGCCUGAAGCUUACUCUAUGUUGUCUCCCCCUGAAAGCAAAGUCGCCUCCUGGUGGUGUGGAAUGUGGAACCGAUGCUCUCUCGCUGCUGCGAGUGCGGAUAUACCCACUGCAACCUGCACUGCCUGAGGGGGAGGCGCCGUCUCUGGCGUCACCAUCGUUGCCAUCGAACGGCAUACCCCGAGGGCCCCGUAUGUAUUGCACUGAUAGCCAUCUCGCCCGCAAAGACAAGACGCUGCAGGGCAGGCCAAGGGGACCACGAUCGCAGCAUGAGCAUCGCAUGUCCAUGACUCGCCUGUUCUCUGAACCAGGGAAGCGAUACGAGCCACUAUCGAAACGCUAA